AUGAUUAAACCACUGGUGAUGUUUUGGAGGUGGUUUGGGGCUCCGAGCGCGAUCCCCGUCGGAGAUGGCGGCUCGGCGGCGGCAGGGAACGCCAGGGAGCUCGCGCUGGGCAGUUCUGAGGCUGGGAUCGGGUUCUGUGGGUUCGGCAUGCGUGCGCAGGGCCAGCGCAGGCCAUGGCAGGGCACGGCGGGGCUAGGCAGCACUGCAGCAAGGUCCGCCGCGGCGGAGCGGGGCAUGUGCGGCGGCGGGAGCGCCGGCGUGCGAGAUGACGUGCCAUUCGAGGGUGAACAAGAGCAAGUGAACGAGGAGGAACAACAGCAAUUUGGCAAGGAAGAUGGCCAGGACUCGAUAGACUGCUCACAAGUGCACCGGAGGUCCCGCACCUGCUUAUGUUGCUCACUUUGUUCCAGCUCCAAUCCAGCUCCAAUUCCAGCACCUGUUCCUGCUCCAGCUCCACCUCAGCCCAUGGAGGACGCUGAGGAAGAUCCAGAGAUGCUAUAUUACUAUGUUGAAUAUGAGGAUGGUCAACUUGUGCCUGUUGACUCGCCAGCUCCACCAGCACCAGCAGCAGAUGCACCACCUCCACCGCCAGAUGCUCCUAUUCCAGAUGCUCCAGCACCUGCCGCUGCUGGAGGAGACCCAGACGACUCCGGGGAUGACAGUGAGGACAGCGAGCAUGAUGAUGGUUAUGAUACUGAUGAUGAGUAG